UUUUCUUUCUCUUCAAUUGAAAUCACAUUUUCUUAGUUGUUUUGAUUAUUUUUAUCUAUUAUCUUUUAAUUGUUACGAUUAAAAUGCUUGGCGGUGAUGAAAUUGUUCUUAAUGAAGGUGAAGCCAGUGAGUUUCAAGAAAUUCAACCAGAUGAUGACGACGGAGACGAAAAUGUUGUUAAACUUAAGGAAAAGGUGAAACGUAAAAAGGGUCGUGGUUUUGGUCCAGAUGGAACUGCCCGAGAAGCGAUUAAGGAAUAUGAAGCCAUGGAAUCAGGGGACAACGACGAACAAGGGCCACAAAGAUCUGUUGAAGGUUGGAUUCUUUUUGUCACUGGAGUUCAUGAAGAAGCUCAAGAGGAGGAUGUUCAUGAUAAAUUCCGAGACUAUGGAGAAAUUAAAAAUCUACACUUAAAUCUUGACCGACGAACUGGUUUUCUCAAAGGUUAUGCUUUGGUUGAAUUUGAAUCGUACAAAUCAGCCAGUAGUGCAUUAGAAAAUCUCAAUGGGUCGAAAAUUCUUGGACAAACUGUUUCCGUCGAUUGGGCUUUCAUUAAAGGUCCACUUAACAAGAACAGGGGAAGAAGAUCCCGACAUUAAGAAUGGCUAAUAUACCAAAAGUAUCAUUGAAACAUUUCCGAACUGUUCAUCUUUUCAUCAUAUUUCCACCGCGUUGGUUUAUCAUCAAGUUCUCAUGAUAACAAUCACCGAACUUUUUUUUCUUCAUCUUCUUCAAAGAGAUUAAUUGAAUUGAAUCUUAUUCUCUUUGUCAUUUUCUUUUGUAAAUCAACAAACACAGAACAUGUUACCAUGCGAUAGAAUAAAAUUUCUUCAAAUGGUA